AUGCUGAGGACCACAAGGGGGUGUGUGGGGGUGGAGGAGAGAGAUGAGGAGCAGGAGGAUGAAGGUGAAGAGGACUUGCGGGAUGGAGGUGUGCCCUUCUUCGUGAACAGGGGAGGCCUACCGGUGGAUGAGGAGACUUGGGAGCAGAUGUGGAGGCAUGUGGCCCGGAUUCACCCUAAUGGCGAGGCCAUAGGGAAACGCAUCCGGGGAGCCAGUGAUCUGCCUAAGGUAGGAUGAAGGUGAAGUCCUUACCGAGCUAGACACCCUGCCUGGCUGUUGUCUUCAGUUUGAGAACUAUACAGGCUGCAUUCAUACACAGUCUUUGUCAAUAGCUCCCCCCCCCCCAGUAGUAUAGGCCUAGAGCGUUCCUGUAAUUUCCACACCAGUCACAUUUAUUUAAAGUAAACCAUCAUUCAAGAUUGAGAUAAACAUGCAGUAAACCGUUCAGGAGGAUAGAUUUUUCAAUAGCGUUGUGGGCCUAGUAUAUUAUGCUACAUGAACUUGAUCAGACUCACACUUACUGGAGAUCGAGUGAAGAUAGCUGACUAUGCAGAAAGAUGGUAGUUACAACCCUUCCAGAUGCACACCAAUCAUUGAAACACUACAUAUUCUGGGGGAGCACUUCUCACCUUUCUGUCAUGCAACAUACAGGCAUACAGAAUCCAGUUGAGCUGCCCAUGCCAUUUCCUCACCUGGUUGUAAGAAAUUCAGUAAAUGAACCAUAUGAAUGUGAUGUUAAUUGACAAAGUAUUCAGACCCCUUCCCGUUUUCCACAUUUUGUUACAUUACAGCCUUAUUCUAAAAUCGAUUGAAUAAAAACAUUUCCUCAUGAAUCUACACACAAUACCAUAUAAAAAACAGAAAUACCUUAUUUACAUAAGUAUUCAGAACCUUUGCUAUGAGACACGAAAUUGAGCUCAGGUACAUCAUGACUUGAUUGGAGUCCACCUGUGGUAAAUUCAAUUGAUUGGACAUGAUUUGGAAAGGGGCACAACUGUCUAUAUAAGGUCCCACAGGUGACAGUGCAUGCCAGAGCAAAAACCAAGCCAUGAGGUCGAAGGAAUUGUCCGUAGAUGCACAGAUCUGGGGAAGUGUACCAAAAAAUGCCUUGGUCAGGGAGGUGACUAAGAACCCGAUGUUCACUCUGACAGAGCUACAGAGUUCCUCUGUGGAGAUGGGAGAACCUUCCAGAAGGACAAUCAUCUCUGCAGCACUCCACCAAUCAGGUCUUUAUGGUAGUGGCCAGACGGAAGCCACUCCUCAGUAAAAGACACAUGACAACCUGCUUGGAGUUUGCCAAAAGGCACCUAAAGGACUCUCAGACCAUGAGAAACAAGAUUCUCUAGUCUGAUGAAACCAAGAUUGAACUCUUGGACCUGAAUGCCUAGCGUCACGUCUGGAGGAAACCUGGCACCAUCCCUAAUGUGAAGCAUGGUGGUGGCAGCAUCAUGCUGUGGGGAUGUUUUUCAGCGGCAGGGACUGGGAGACUAGUCAGGAUUGAGGUAAAGAUGAACGGAGUAAAGUACAGAGAGAUCCUUGAUGAAAACCUGCUCCAGAGCGCUCAGGACCUCAGACUGGGGCAAAGGAUCACCUUCCAACAGGACAAGGACCCUAAGCACACAGCCAAGACAACGCAGGAGUCUGAAUGUCCUUGAGUGGCCCAGCCAGAGCCCGGACUUGAACCCGAUCGAACAUCUCUGGAGAGACCUGAAAAUAGCUGUGCAGCGACGCUCCCCAUCCAACCUGACAGAGCUUGAGAGGAUCUGCAGAGAAGAAUGGGAGAAACUCAGGUGUGCCAAGCUUGUAGCGUCAUACCCAAGAAGACUCAAGGCUGUGAUCGCUGCCAAAGGUGCUUUAACAAAGUACUUAGUAAAGGGUCUGAAUACUUAUGUAAGUGUGAUAUUUCAGGUUUUUUGCAACAAAUUCUAAAAACCUGUUUUUGCUUUGUCAUUAUGGGGUAUUGUGUAUAGAUUGACGAGGGAAAACCCCCCAAUUUAAUCCAUUUUAGAAUAAGGCUGUAACAAUGUGGAAAAAGUCAAGGAGUCUGAAUACUUUCCAAAUGCACUGUAUGCUUGAAGACAUCCACUGACUAUUGUCAAUGAUGGGUUGUUUGUUUUUCGUUAAGUGUAAGUGUGUCUCCGACUGCACAUUCCAGUUAGGAAUUUCAUUAUACAAAAUGACUUUAUUUUCGGACCAAAACCAAGUGGAGAAAGCUGUCAAAAUAUGCAGCUUUACAAACCACGCGAAUAAACAUGCCACUACAUUUACUGAUGCUGUUCGGUCCAGAAGAGGAUAAAUGCUCCCUCUGUGCUUAUGAGGAAUUCCAUCAUAUAUUCAAUUAAUGUACGCGUUUUGAGACAUUUUACAUUUACCUGACACUCCUAUCCAGAGCGAUUUACAGGCUCAAUUAGGGUUAAGUGCCUUGCUCAAGGAAACAUCGACAGAUUUUUCACUUAGUCGGCUUGGGGAUUUGAACCAGCAACCUUUCAGUUACUGGCCCAAUGCACUUAACCAUAAUGCACUUAUAGGGAACAAUUAAGAUAAUGAUCAUGGGUUAUAAAACAUGGUUAAGUUAAACAAGAGGACACACUCCAGCUCUGUAAAUAUAGGGAUUGUGUGAUACUAAUGCCUCUGGUUGUGCUCUGCCUCUCCCCCAUAGAUUCCAACACUGAGUGUGCCUACAUACCAGCCAACCACCAGUAUCCCACAGCGCCUGGAAGUCAUACAGAAAUACAUCAGGGACUUGCAGUAUCCUUUGCCUGGAAUGGUAGAAUUGUUUGUCACUAUUGCCAAGCUCUGGACCAAUGAUGACUAGCCCAGCUAGCCUGGAUAAAGAUAUGACUAUGCUAUCACACUAUGCUCUGGGUUGGAAUUCAAGAUAGGUCUCCUGAAACAUGUGUUAGCCAUGCACUGUAUUAUGUAUUGCUUCAUACAUAAUUCAGAGACAUAGGCACAAGCUGAUUCCAUGCAAAUGGAAACUGUGCCACACACAGAUGUACCGAAGAAGAUUAUGGUGGUGACUGACCAGUAAAAUAGUUCAUAAGUACUUCAUACCUGUCUGACUCAGUCUGUUUAGGACAAUAUCAAUGUAUGUCACAACAUCUCAGAAUGUAGGCCAUGUUUAGACUAUCAUCUAUUUUAAGCAUAAACAUUAGUACCUCUCAGCUCAAGAAGCUUAUCCAUAAUGCACAAACGAGGAACUAUGAAUAUCAGAAAGCACUUAACGUGGUUUUAUUCCCCAUGAGAAUAUGUUUAGUGCCCAACCCAGAGGGUCUGUUGUGUUUGAACAGUUUCCAUAUUGUUUCACUCCCUCUGCAUUGUGUGUACUUAACAAUAUCCUACAGGUACAAUCACACGGGAACACAGUUUUUUGAAAUCAAGAAGAGCAGGCCUCUUACUGCGUAAGCACAGUCUCUUCUAUCCCAUUCCUGUUUCCUAACCUUACAUUUUAGGUUAGCUCUUUGAUUUUCCUAAGUGGAUCAUGGCCUUGUAGGGGUAUUGUAAAUGUCAGACGGUGUUAGCGACAUGACUGUUGUCUGCCAGAGAGAAUCUCAGGGUUUGGCGAAAUAGCUUUUCCUGGGGCUGCAGAGAGGCCACCGAGGCAGCAGACAGAGGAAGCAGCUGAGGAUGUUUACCGAUUGCUUUCAUAUUGUGCUGAUCAUGACAGAAGCUGAAGGAACUGGAUAUCUGGAUCAGCUGUAUGUCUGUUGCUCCCAAUGGCUGAGGGACCAGGAACUGUUAUCAUAGCCUAAUAUGAUCUGUUUCCAGGGCAGAAGCUUCUAAUGCAUUUUGCUUGCUCAUCCACUCAGUUUGUGACAUUUAGCACCAGAUUAUUUUAUUUCAGUGUUUCUCAAAAUGCCAGUUUUCUAAGCUUUGAGAUCUUUUUAGGAAUCAAUAGUUUCGCCUAAAGGAGGUAAUCAUUUUCUCUUUGCAUGCCUACACAUUUCCUGUAAUAUGUGCAAAUGUCCUUCAGGCCAUUUAGAAUCCAUUUUUAGAAUUGCUACCUUUAGUGUAGACUAUUUUGUUGCCUUGACUUAGGUUUUAUUCUCAACCUCAUAUUCUGUGUAGGUUGAUGGACAUCGCCAAGGAGAUGAUGCGGGAGUCACUACCAAUCAAGUGUCUGGAGGCAGUGAUCCUUGGAAUGUAUCCUUUCCUUUAAAUAGCUUAUGUAUUCCAUGGGUCACACCGACAGAACGUGGAAAUUGUAAUGAGUUUCUUAUACAACUGUUUUUAGCUGCACAUAAUUUUUUUCUCAGAUUUAUGAAUGGGGUGAUGAUAAAUGAUGACCUGGAAAUGUUGUUUUCCAACUGAGUGUUUAUGGGAUGUUAAAAAGAACCCAGAGUGAUUUAGAUAAGACAAAGCUUUAUGGGAACAACCAGGGCAUCCGUUUAUGUGAUUAGAACUGACUUGUGUGCUUACAGUCCGAGACUACUGUAUGCGACUAAUGUAUUCUUGUUUUAAAAACAGAUCAGUGGAGCUUGAAAACUUUUGUCUAUGUUACCCUGUAAAGGAGCACUCCAGUGGGAGCACACAACCAGGUAAGUUAUAAUAGGGGUUUCCAUUUCCUUGACCUUGCCUGUCCCAGUUACCUCAGCAACAGCAUGCCGGGUGUGGAGCGCUUCCCCCUCAGCUUUAAGACGCAGUUCUCAGGGAACCACUUCUGCCACAUUGUGCUGGGGAUGCACAGCGGUGGCCGCUUCGGGGCGCUGGGCAUCAGCCGGCGGGAGGACCUCAUGUUCAAACCCCUGGAGUUCCGCACGCUGGCUGACCUGGUGCAGGAGUUUGAGGGGGCCUACAGGAGCUACUGGCAUACCCUGAGCAAGGUGAAGAUUGGUCAGUAUGUGUCCCAUGACCCCCACAGUGUGGAACAGAUCGACUGGAAACACUCCAUAAUAGAUGUGGACAAACUGACCAAGGAGGAGCUGCGGAGAGAGCUGGAGAGACACACCCGGGACAUGAGGCUGAAGGUACAGGACCAGAGAUCCCCUGUUAAAGAGUGUAGGAAUGGGAUGUGAUGGGAUGUACAGCACUAGAGCAGGACAUGUGCACACAUCCAGGAAGGAUCCUGGGGACUGAGAUGGAAAAUGUCCACGAACCAAACCAUCUUAGGGAUCCAUGAAACAAACCCGUCAGCUUCCUUAUUAGAGAAUUCUAGUGAUUGCAUUAGAUCCAACCAGUCAUACUUGAGUAAAAGUAAAGAUACCUUAAUAGAAAAUGACUUGAGUACAAGUGAAAGUCACCCGGUAAAAUACUACUUGAGUAAAAGUAUUUGGUUUUAAAUAUACUUAAGUAUAAAAAGUAAAUGUAAUAGCUAAAAUAUACUUAAGUAUCAAAAGUAAAAGUAUAAAUCAUUUCAAAUCCUUAUAUUAUGCAAACCAGACGGCACCAUUUUCUUGUUUUUUAAAUUUACGGAUAGCCAGGGGCACGCUCCAACACUCAGACAUCAUUUACAAACAAAGCAUGUGUUUAGUGAGUCCGCCAGAUCAGAGGCAGUAGGGAUGACCAGAGUGUGUGAAUUAGACCAUUUUCCUGUCCUGCUAAGCAUUCAAAAAGUAACGAGUACUUUUGGGUGUCAGGGAAAAUGUAUGGAGUAAAAAGUAUAUAAUUUUCUUUAGGAAUGUAGUGAAGUAAAAGUUGUCAAAAAUAUAAAUAGUAAAGUACAGAUAUAUAUAUAACUACUUAAGUAGUACUUUCAAGUAUUUUUACUUAAGUACUUUACACCACUGGAUCCAACUGGGACUGAAUUAGUCUGCAGCCUAUCACUGUACCAGCAGUGAAUUUAGAUUAGUGUCAAAUUAAAUUGGAUGUAUGUGAGCUCCAUUAGAUCUGAAUCUACGUGAGGGGGAAGCACAAGCCCUUCUUAAUCACUGAGAUUCUGACUUCUCCUUUUGACCCGUCAUGCAUGAUGACGUGGAGUUGACCUGCCAAUUCAGGAGCUAUCAUCCUCAAAUGAUGACCUCUCAUGGGUUAUCAUCCCAAGCAGUAAUGAAAGGAGCCUUAACGCAGGGCCCUGUGAAUAAUAAAAUGAAUGUGAUGGCAUUUCUCUGCUCCGUUGUGCGUCAAGCAUGGCUGCCUCAAUCAAUCAAUGGCUGAUCUUUUAUAGAGAGGGCUCUCACCCAAUGGCCGCACUCACAAUCACAUUAAAGAUUUUGAGUAUUUUACCACCAUCACCAUCAACACUGUGCCUCCUUUAGCACAUUAGGGCCUCGCAUCGAGGUUCUCACCUUAGUGCUACUCUAAGUAAUAGAAAGCUGAUGAUCGGAGUGUGUGUGUAUCUAUGCGCAUGUUUGCUACAGUUUCCUUCCUCUGCAUAAAUGAUGUGCUGAAUUUUAAAAGACAUAAACAUUUAGUAAUUGGAGAACUGCACUUCUCCUUAGUCUACACAGUGGAUAUGACCAGAACUCAACUUGUAAGCAUUUGUACCUCUCAUUUGUGUUUCCGCUUGUUGUUACUGUGAGGUAAACAGAACUGUGUGAUUGUCUUUCAGAUUGGGAAGGCAGCGCCCCCUUCACCCACCAAAGACAGGAAGAGUAACAUGGGCUCGCCCCUCCGUAACCCAGGCAGCCCCAUGCGCAGGAACAGCCGCAUCGAGAGACGGUAAUGCUGAUUGUGCACUAUAGUCAGAUAUCAGGAGCUGCUUAGUCUCACUAUAGUCUCUCUGACAGCACAGUAAAUACUAAUUAGGUCAGUAAACAAGGUGCUAGCUGUAGUGGAGAUGGCCCUGCACUGAUCUGAACAAGCACUAGAGGCUAUAUGUCCUAUGAUGGCGUAGUCCAAGAGGAAUCGCUGAACAGUAAUCUCUCAGUUUUAAUCUGUGUCAUGAGAAAUCAUAUUUUAAUUUUUUUGGGGUUUACAGUCCAUCUGGAGAGAAGAAAGUUCUUGAUCCGAAGCCACCUCCGGACAUGAAUGGAUAUCAGAUUCGA